CCUUGAAAGAAAAAUGGUACUCACAACUCAACUUGUACUCACCCCAAGACUAGUUCAUGAAUUAUUUUUAUACAAAUUUAAUUUUGUCAUGUUGGCAAUAUUGCAAUUUGACAGGCGUAUCUGUUUCUAACCUCAAUUUCUUUGUGAAAUAAUUUUUGAAAUAAUAAAAUGACUUCAAUAGUGCGGGCCCUGCAGCAAGAAAUUUUUCAACCCAACGAGGAGCGUCUAAUAACCUGUUGUCACGUUGGUAAAUAUUUGAAGAAGAAGAAAACUUCGUUUUUGUGCCUUGUCAGUACGACGAGCCCCCCGAUUAAUAUAUCAAUAGUGCAAGUGAAGCAAACCGAUAAACAGACCCAUAAAAGGAAACGUAGUUGGGCUCUUGCCGAAUUGAAGGGUGUUGAUGGUCAUAAUGAAUCGAACGAAACCCAAGAGUUUGAUCUUCAUUUUGAUAAAGUGUACCGUUGGGUUGCCACCAAUCCGAAAGAACGGCAUUCGUUUAUUCACAAUUUGUGGAAGCAGGCCGUCAAACACAUAAUGAAAGACAUGCCUACUUUCAAGAAUAUUCCACUGGCUUGGAUCACUGAAGAUGCGAUGACUCCAGAGAAUAAAUUUGUUAGUUCACCUCUGCUGGGUGAUACGGACCUGACUGAAGAUUUCCAAGCCAUUACUGAUAAAGAACAAGAAGAUUUGAAACGGUUAAUGUCUGGAUGUGAGUUUGCAAUCAGCAAUGCAGAGGCGUUUAUGGAAAUACUAGCCCGAGAUUUGUCACUUCUUGACGGCGAGAACGUGCAGUGCGUGUUAGCCUCUGAAGAACAGGUGGAAACACUGAUGGGCCAACUCGAAGUUGCAAUAAAUGAAGCUGACAGACUUGAAACCCAGUUGGAUUCUUACGAUGAGAUUCUUUGCCAUGUCAGAGACACUAUGGAGAAGAUGGAGAAGAAAAAUUCGUUGAUUUCAGUCGUGGACAAGAACAACCAACUGUUAUUAAGAGAAUUGGAAAAUAUUACACGUCUAGACCUUCCAAAAAAAUAUCAAGAUACCCUCGAAGACGCCGAUUUUACCACUCCUCAGGGACUCAAAGCGGCUGUGGAGGCCGGAAAUGCCUUGAAAAUAGCCAUGAAUUCGGACAUUGACAAAGCCUUGCUCCAAAUGACUGCUGUUCAAGAACAAAGGCGCCGAUUCGAGAAAUAUAAAGAGAAAUUUUCACGUAGUAUUUGUCGCCAAUUAAACAAUUUAUUUAUCCAUUAUGGAAACCAUAAAGGCGAGUCUGAUAAAUCUAUUGAGGGGCUGAUUCUGCCCCAACACAGUGGCGUCCACAAGGAAUUGACUUCUUACGUGGAACUGAUGCACUGGAUUAAAGUAAUGGACCGGAAAUCGUACGAGUCCCUAAAAAGCGUCUACACAAACUCCCUAGGAAAACUCUAUGAGAGAGACUUGAAAAAUCUAUUUGAGUUAGCUAAAGCUAAAAUUGCAGCCCCCGGACUUGCGACCUCACCUACGACUUUGAUUGGUUUAGAUCGAGAAAUGUGGACGUUGGAGACGAAUUCAAACGACAGAAAAAAUUACAAAGCAACUCUGGAACAAGUUUUGACCCAACUGGAGCCGGUUUGUCUUCAAGAACAACAAUUUUGUGUCAACUUCUUCCAGCUUGAUGUCCUAACUUCUGGUUCGAAAAACACUUUAACAACACUGGAUGGUCCAGGACCAGAAACUGAAAGUGUCUCGCCGCGAAAAGCCGAGAAACAAAUCAAUGAAGAUGUUCGAAAUAUGAUGAGUAGUUUAUUUUCGUGUCUUAAGAGCGAAUUGGACAGUUUAAUCGAUCACAUAAAACGACAAGAUAAUUUUUAUUGUAUGUACGUUUUGGUGUGCUUGAAUCAACACGUUAUGUCGGCCCAAAGCUCAUUUUUAAGUAACACUUUCGCUUCCGAACUUAUUGAAGUGAAACGGUCCUUAGAUCAGUUCAUGCAGAUGCAGAUUGAUUCGGUUAAAGAAUGUCGAGUUGCACGAAAAUCAAAAUGUGGGAUUUUACCCUACGUUUCAAACAUCGAAGAGUUUGCGAUAAACGCUGAUUGUUUAUUAAAAAGUGACCGAAGGGCCGAUUUAGAAAAAUGGUAUACUAGACUAGUGGACACAAUUCUGGAAUACAUCGCUAUUCACUCGAACGAGCAUCAUAAAACGCCGCCACAAGUCAUAAAAAUGGAAAAUUAUCACCACUUAUACUCACUUUUAUCUCAACUGAAGAUAUCUGUGUUAGACGCACAGAGAAAGGAAGCAAAGCAGAAAUACAACGACGCUUUGCAAGCCUACGUCACUUUAUAUUUUGGACGACCUCUUGAAAAAUUAAAUACAUUCUUUGAGGGUGUGCAAGCAAGGGUUGCGAGUGGAGUAAAAGCGUCGGAAGUGAGUUAUCAGUUAGCGUUUAGUAAACAAGAGUUACGCAAAGUUAUAAAUCAGUAUCCCGGAAGCAUUGUGAAAAAGGGACUUGAAGCACUUUAUAAAAAAGUCGAGAAGCACUUAUCGGAAGAGGGAAAUCUUCUACAAGUCGUUUGGAGGGCAAUGCAAGAGGAGUUCAUCCGACAAUACAAAAUGCUCGAAGAUUUGAUCCAACAGUGUUAUCCUGGGUCAAUGAUAAGUUUAGAAUUCACAAUCGAGGAUAUUUUACAUUUCUUCUCCGAUAUCGCUAGGUCUCAUUAAAUAUUUAAUGAAAAUAUACGAUUGUUACAAC